CGAAAGUUAACGGCUUAUUAAAAGUUAGCUAAAAUAUACAAUAAAGCGCAACUCAUGAGAGGAGGGGGGUGCAAAUGAUCAUUGCUUACAAUAUAUAAAUUUUAAAGUUGAUCAAUACUCACAAUAUAUAAUGUUUGGUUAGAAUAAAUUUUUGAAGGUUUUGUUAAAAUGGAGGCUGUUCAGAGACUUGUUCGUUCAUUAAAAUCAGGAAGAUCUUACGAACUACCAGAAGACCCAAAGGCAGCAUAUUUUAUGUUACUAUCAUUUAUAAUGCAGAAUCAGCACAGAACAUUUGUUGAACUUCUUGGAACUGGAAAAAAUUUUGAUGUCAAUUUUUUUUCUGGAAAAUCAAAAAGAACAUUGUUACAUAUGGCGGCUAAUGUUGGAGCAUAUGAGUGUCUCUGGCAUUUGCUAAAAAAAGGUGCAUUGCCAAAUGUGCAAGAUAGACAAGGAAUUACACCAUUGCAGGUCGCAUCAAGAAAUGGGUUUUCAAAAUGCAUUGCUAAACUACUUGAAUAUGGUGCAGAUAUUGAGAUAAAAAAUAAUGAAGGAAUGACUGCUAUUCAUUGGUUGGCAUCAAAUGGUCGAACUGAAAUAUUUUCUGAAAUUUCUAAAUUUAUUAAAGACAUUGAUAUCACAGAUUUUAAUUUACAAACACCUCUUCAUGUUGCUUGUCUUAAUGGUCAUAAAUCUACAGUGUUGAAAUUGCUGGAAUUUCAUGCAAAUAUUGAGAAAACUAACACAACUGGAUGUACUCCAUUAUUUUUUGCUUGCAGACAUGGACAUGCUGAAGUUGCAAAAGUGUUGAUCUGCAAUGGUGCUUUGCUUACAUCAAACUCUGAUAAACAAACGCCUCUAGAUGCUGCUUUUCUUGCUGGUUAUGGACAGGUUUGUUAUGUUAUUCUGGAUUAUAAAGACAAAGAUUUCAAACUUCUUUCUGGUUUGAUCCAAUCCUCUCUUUCACCAAACGCUGAUAUUAAAAAUGUGGAAGCUGCAUUUCUAUAUAUUGGUGAACAACGUCAAGAUUAUAGAGACUUCAUGCUGCAAGAGUUAGCAUCACAAGUUAGACUUGAAGGUUUGAAACUUUUAAGCCCAUCAAGUGAUUAUAAACUAACAACUGAACGUUUUUUAAAAGUGAUAAAGGUAUAUAACAAAAUGCUCACCUCGGAAAGUCAUUCUGAAAGUUUUAGGAUGCGCACUCAUAGAAGAACUGGUUCUGAUAUUUCUACCUCACCAAGAAAAGCAACACUGCAACCACAAAAUAUUGCGAGUAUAAAUUUUGAAACAGAUACAUUAUGGGAAAGUUUAAAUACAUGGAUGAAAAUUCUGCAAAGUGAGCUUUAUCCAAGUAAUUCAUAUGUUAAGUCAAAAGUAGUCAAUUCUAAAAGCUGUUUAUCAGCUCCACCUAUUAAUGAGUCAUUGCGGUUAACUCAACCUGCAGUUCAAUUAACAAUAAAUCAAACACCGUCAUCCAUGCCACUAUCAAGGUCAGACAGCUAUCAUAAUGCAAUGGAAACAACUGAUCAGGAAAUUUUACCAAAUUCAAUAAGCAGAUCUAUGGAAAAUAUUAGUAUUCAUAGAAGAAGUUCAGACAGCUCUGUAAAUAGAAUUAAUUUAAGUUUCUCUCAACUUCAAACUGAAAGCCAAUCUAUUGCACAACUUAGCCCUUCACAAUUGCAUCAACAUAGCAGCAUGCCAUCAACAUCUCUUGAUUCUGGAAUUUCAACAACAAAUGUUGAAAAUAAAAGUUCUAAAGAAGGUGAUGUUCUUUCUAUAACUGCAGAUAGACUGUGUGCUGUUAUUCAUGGAUAUUAUUUGUUCAGUCAGUCCAAUCCAGUAUGGAAUUGUGGAAAAAUGUAUCAAUUUAAUAAAUUUGUUGAAACCCAUGAAAAGAUAUUGCAGCUUCUUGUGUCAAGAAAUACUUCUCUCAUUUUCGAACAUUUUAACUUUGUGUUAGUUAAUCCAGUACUUUUACAAAGAUUUCUUCCUGCUAUUCAUGCCCAGCCAUUUGCUGAUCGUCAAAAGUGGUUUUAUGAAAAUUUAUAUGCUGAUAAGAAUCGUAUUAGUGUGGUUUAUGAUGAAACUGCUGUUAUACACGUUUCUAGAGAUUCUUUACUUUCUGCAAGCUGUAAGCAGUUAGAAGAAAAAAAUGAUAGUCAGCUCAAAAAAAAUAUUUCUGUAAGAUUCCAGGGAGAAGAAGGAAUGGGUGCUGGUGUGACCAGGGAGUGGUUAGAUUUGCUAAUUAAAGAAAUUGUAAAUCCGGAUUGUGCACUCUUCACGUUAUCAGCAGAUGGUUCAACUUUCCAACCCAACAGUAAUUCUUUUGUAAAUCCUGACCAUCUGAGCUAUUUUCAGUUUGCUGGGCGUAUAAUGGGUUUAGCAUUAUAUCACAAGCAUUUAAUUACUGCUUAUUUUACUAGAUCUUUCUACAAACAUAUGUUAGGUGUACCAGCCAGUUAUAAAGAUAUUGAAUCUAUUGAUCCAGAAUACUCAAAAAAUCUCCAGUGGAUUUUAGAUAAUGAAAUAAGUAGUUUGGGAUUAGAAAUUCCGUUUUCUGUUGAAACUGAUGUCUUUGGACAAACCCAAGAAGUCGAGUUAAAGUCAAAUGGAAAGAAUAUUAUUGUAACUGAUUUAAACAAGUGUGAGUAUGUUCAGCUGGCAGCAGAUCUUCGGAUGACAAAAGCAAUUAAAAGUCAGAUAGAAGCUUUUUUAAAAGGUUUUUAUCAGUUCAUUCCUCAUCACCUGGUCUCACUCUUUAAUGAAUAUGAAUUGGAAUUGCUUUUGUCUGGACUUCCAGAUUUAGAUUUAACAGACUGGAAAAAUAGCACAGUAUACCAAGCAGGUUACAGUGAAGAUUCUCAAGUAAUCAAGUGGUUUUGGGAAGUGGUUGGCUCACUAAAAAAAGAAGAGCAAGUGCAGUUGUUACAGUUUACUACAGGAACAUCUCGUGUUCCUUGGGGAGGAUUUUCUAAUUUGUGUGGACCUAGUGGUAAUCAAUUAUUUACAAUUUGCCGCUCUGCUGACAACACUAAAAUGUUGCCAACUUCAAGCACAUGUUUUAAUUUGUUAAAAUUACCCGAAUACGAAACUAAAGAAGAUCUUGAAAAAAUGUUAAAAAUUGCUAUUGCUUGUGGCAAUGUCGGGUUUGAAUUUACUUGAUUUAUUUAAAGGUUUUUUUUGUUUUUUUUAAUCAAUUAUAAGUUUAUAAGGAAUGCACGUAUAUACAGUUUAAUUGAUUUUAAUAUAGUAGUUGGAGCUAGUCUUAGUUCGAAAAUUGCCCUUUUCUAUUUAAUAAGAGAUCACUUCAUUUCAUCUUACAUAAGGCUAUUUUUAGACGAUUUAACCAUGGUGACCAUUGCCAAUACUUCUGAACAUUUUUUGUUUAAAAAAAAUCAAAAUAAGAAAGGUGAUUUUCCUACUUGAAGAAAUCUCCUUGAGUACUUUUUUAUUAAAAUAUUGCCUAAAUAUUGUAGGCAUUUUCCCUUUGAACUAUUUAAUAUAAGGUUUAAAUAUUGCAGGCGUUUUCCCUUUGAACUAUUUUAUAUAAGGUUUAAAUAUUGCAAGCGUUUUCCCUUCGAACUAUUUUAUAUAAGGUUUCUGUACAAGGUUUUAAUAACUUUUUUAAGCACUUUUUAAUAGUUUUUAAAAUUUAUUUCUAAAUUUUGUUUUUCAAAGUUUUUUUAAAGUAUUGUUAUUGAUGAAAACAAUGGUUAUUUAUUUGUUGUUGAUAUAUGAAGGUGUAAAUAAAUCACAAUUUUAUACUUUGUAAUAAUUUGUAUUAAAAUAGACAUUUAAAAAUAGAAAUAAAUAUUUUUAUAUUUUGUA